AAAACGCUAACACAGUAAUCUCUCUAUCACUUUACUUCACCAUCUCACUUCUCUCUCUCUCUCUUAUGAUGACGAUGGGCGGCGGCGACUCUGAUCUCCGUAAACCUACUAAUUUCUCCGCCGGACCUUUAUCUCGGCGACGAUCAUGGUGUUGCUCUUUCGCCGUACCUCCGGCGAGUCCUGACGCCCUUUCAAUCUCAUCUCGUAACCACAUUCAAGCUAAAUCUCAUUCUCAGCAGCAGAGACCCAAACUUGGUCCCAAGUCCGUUCCUUGCUCACCGCAAAGCUCUAAAUCUCCUUUAAACAUAGUGGGUCGAAUCGACCCGCGUCGGAUCUUAUCACCGGGUCGGGUUUCUCCCAUAGAUUCGGAUCUCACCAUCGAUACAAUGCAAGAGACUGAGACCACUCAUGAAGAAGAGGAUCCGGUGGUUGUAGAUUCAUCUCCCAGUCUUCGUUCAGAGAGUUUUAGAGCUCCGAAGAUUGAAGUUACUGUCUCGGGUCCGGGUUCGGAUUCGGGUUCGGGUUCGGGUUACGAUGCUAGGUUGAGUUUGAAGGGGAGAAAUGGUGGGGUUUUGGUGUUGGAGCUAAGCUCAGAGGUUUUAGCUGCAAAUUCAGAAGUUUUCGCGGGUUUGAUUGUGGAAGACAAAAAGUGUUCAUCUUUAGGGUUGAAGAAGAACACAUGCAGGAUUGAAGUUUGUGAUGUGGAGAAUCUUGGUGUGUUUAGGGAUACUGUAGAACUUAUGUUUGAGGGAAGUGAUGGUAUUAUCAAGAAGUUUAUGAAAAUGGGUGUUUACAGAGCCAUUGAUGUACUUGAGGUAGCGGCUGGAAUCAAAUUUUCAAGAGCUGUCUUGUCCUGUCUGAAAUAUCUUGAAGCUGUUCCUUGGACAGAGGACGAAGAGGAAAAACUGAGGAGGCUUCUUGCAAUUCAUAACUUUGAUGAUGCUGCAACCAGCGAAAUUUUGGCAAGGUUUAAUUCAAACGAGACAGAAAACUCGCAAGACAGUUUGUCGAAGAAACUUGUUUGGUCAAUAACUUCCUGCAGUGAUGUAAAUCCUAGAAACGAACUCAGAUCUUUGGUGAAGGGUCUUCUUUGCAAAAGUUCAGUGUAUGAGAAAGAACAGCCUGAAAUCAACAAGGAAGAAAUAUAUAGAGCAGGCAAGUGUUGCGUGGAUUCAUUAGCUAAGCUGUUUGAAGAAGGCAGUAGAGGUAGUAGCAAGAAAGAGAAACCAUUGAUUGAAAGUAUUUCGAGGGAAGUAGAGAACAUAAACUGGCUGCUAGAGAUCAUGAUAGAUUGGGAAAUAGCAGAGGAAUUUGUGGAGAUAUGGGGGAAGCAAAGAAAGCUAGUGGAGAUGCAUGAGAAUGUAUCGCCAAUGGUGAGGUAUGAAGUAAGCAGAGUAACAGGAGCGAUAUUUAUUGCAAUGGGGAAAAGGAGAGUUCAAUGCGGAGGAGAAGCAAGGGCGGGACUAGUAGAAGCGUGGUUCAAGCCAAUGUUAGUAGAUUUCGGGUGGCUACAAAGAUGCAAGAAAGGACAAGACAUGAGGGAAGUAGAGGAAGGGAUGGGGCAAACACUGUUAACACUGCCAGUAAAGCAACAGUAUCAAGUUUUCAUGGAAUGGUUCAGGUGGUUCUCAAAGCAUGGGACUGAGUGUCCUAAUCUAAGCAAGGCGUUUCAGAUAUGGUGGCGUAGAUCAUUCCUUAGAGGUGUAGAGUCUUCUUCUUGUAGGUAAACAAAUAAUUCCAAGUUCAUGAGUCUGAUGUUAGGUGUUAGCUUUAUGGAAUUUAGACUGUAAUAUAUAACACUCCUAAUGACUUAUCAUCUCCUUUGUCUCCUCCCACUUGCUAUGUUUGUACUGGAGUUUUUUUUUGGA